GCGUUCAUGGUUUGUAACGGAAUACAAAAUCAAUCUCAAUUUAACUAACCGAGAGAACAAAAACAAGCAAUGCUUUUAAUUGUCGCCCGAAUUUUAACUUUAAUAUUUCUUUUUUUUGGAACUUUCAUUUGCGGAACCAUUCCCCUUCUUAUAUCUCGAUGUUUAAAACCAACAUUGAUGUGCGAGGAAGCCACUAAUAGCCCCAUUACGCCCUUACUAUUAAAUUUUGGUGGUGGUGUGUUACUCUCCGUAACUUUUCUUCACUUGUUACCCGAAGUUCGAUACAGUUUCGAAAGUUACUGGGGGAGCGAUUACGAUCAAGGAAUGUGUGUAGCUGAAUUGGUGGUUUGUUCGGGAUUUCUCGUGAUAUAUCUGUUAGAAGAAAUUAUACAUACAUUAAUAAUACACCUAAGCCAGCCUGCCGCAAUCAACAAAUGCCUUCAUCAGGAUGAGUCUCCGACUACUUUUGCGUGUUCUCUGAGGGACAGCGAGUCGCCACAGGACGGAUUACUGGAAAGUGAUUCUAUUAAACACUAUGGCUCUUUAGACUUGGAAUAUCAGCUGACAAAUAUUUCAAGCUCAACACAACCAUCAGCAUUUUCUCAUAGAGCCUCAUUUGGAAGUUUUGUAAUGGUUGCUGCCCUAUCUUUUCAUUCAGUGUUUGAGGGUUUGGCUGUUGGUGUACAACCAACAGUGCAAGAUACCUGGUCACUGUUUUUUGCGGAAGCCGUGCACAAGUUUAUCAUAGCCUUUGCUCUAGGGUUAAAGAUGCACAACGAAGGUGAAACACUUCGAAAAAUUAUUUGUUACAUGAUUGUAUUUUCUCUUAUGACUCCAUUCGGAACUGGUAUUGCUGUAUUAACUGAUCAGUCAUUCCCGGAAAACUCUCAGCUAGUGAUUGGGUCAUUUAACGGCGUUGCUUGCGGCACUCUUAUGUACAUAACGUUCUUUGAAGUACUCCAACGAUCCCAGAGUCCUCUCUUGCCUAGAUUACUACAAGUUUUAGCUGUGUUUGUAGGUUUUGGGUUCAUGUCCUCAGUACGCUACUUCCUACACAAGCACUAACACAUUAACUAUUUAAGUACUACUGAUUUAUGCAAGUGUUUAACAGGAAAAAAGAAAAAGAAAAAAAGACAACGACUGUAGAAUACUGUAACGUUUAGAUGUUUAAUAUUAACUUGAUUUUCGUGAAUUAUUGUUGAUUUUAUCUAUCAAAGGAGAAAAACAAGUAUGUAAAUUUUGCUCUUUUAAUAUUUUGAAUAUUUCCAAUUCACUUUUUUUCUAUUUCAAAUAAAGUUUUGUCAAGUAUAUAUAAUGGAAUUAUAUUUAUUUUGAAAUAGUACAAAUGUCAUAAAACUACUGGUUGUUUUUUGAAAUAUUAAACUUGAUAUUAAGAUGUAAUGACUACAAAGCUUGCUGAAAGAUUUUAGAUACAAAAUAAAUCUGUUAAAAAUAUCUCCAGUUAUAGAUUAAAUUUACAACUUUAUUGGAAUAUUUUCUUUGAAUCAUGUUUUGUUCAAAAAUUAUGAAUUAGUUUGCAAGCAUAAACUAUGUUGUUUGUAGCAAUAUUUACAUUAUACUGGCUAGCUUUAUUUUUAUAAUUAAGGAUACUCAUAUUUACGACACCAGAAAAUACAGUAAUUGCUUGUAAUAAUAAAUCUCAAAGUAAGUCAAUUUUUCUAUGUAGAUGAAGGCGAAAUAUUCAAUAUACUGAAUCACAAAUUUGAAAAGAAAGUCAAAUAUAUAUCGACAAAAUAAUUAAUAUAAACAACCACAAUGCCCCCCGGUGGAUCAGAGGUAAGUCACACAACUUACAACGUUAAGAUUCGGCAGGCUAAUUUCUGGAUCACUCUCGGACCAAAGCUUAAAGAAACUACAAGCAUGUAUAAACUAAUAUUAUGUACCAUUAAACACUUUAUAUUUGUAUGUCCUCUGGUGGGACAGCGGUAAGUCUACGGACUUGCAACGUUAAAAUCCGAUUUUCGAUUCCCGCAGUGGGCGCAACAGAUAGUCCAGUGUAGCUUUGCUCUUAAAGAACAGAAACAAACAUACUUGUGUAGAUCAAGAGUUGUCAGUUCUUUGUUUUUAAAAUGAAAUUUCAGUCUUUUUAAACGUUCAUUUUCACUUAAUAAAAAGAACCCCAAAAUAUUUCAGUUGUAAAACCAGUUUUAUGAUCUAAAGAUAUGAUCGAUGAUGAUGUAUUACGAUUGU